UCCUAGCGUGCUGUUCAUGAACUUAUCCCGGGCAGUCUUUCAAAGUAUUGUUCGUUCGAACUCUAGACAAAGGCCCGCCAUAAAUGUCUUUGUCCCUGUAAAUCCAUUUUAGAUCGAGACAAGCCAUUGUUUUCUUCAUCAAAGAACUAGAUAUGAUACGGGUGGCUCAAAGUUACCCCAUCCCCAUACCGAUCGAUGGGAAACACAAUCAACAAUCCCGGACACCGUCCAUCGAACUCCUCAGGCGGCUGUUUGUCUAGCGCAACAUUGACGAAAUACCACGCAAUUUGAUACCCAUCCCGGAUCUAUCGAAAUGGCAGAGUCAGAAUUGCAGCGGCUACUUAGAGACCUGAGCGACAAACUCGCGAGGGAUCCCUUGAACUAUUUCGACCACGAGCUAGAGUUGUAUGAGGCGCAUCCAAACGCCCGCGCAGCUCUCCGCGAGAUUGACCCUGUCCCGGGAACAGGAGAGAGUCGAUUAAGGCGAUUUGACGAGGUUGAUGUGAGGGAGAAGCUCGGUCAAUUCGAAGAACGUUGCAAAAAUAUGUCGGACGAAGAGGAGAGGACAGCAGAGCGAGAUCUAUAUGAGCAAUCUAGUGACCUGCCGGCUUUGAGGCACUACCUCCGCGUAAAGCUGAUGAAAACGGAUCCUCCCGACACGGAGCAGUUGAGGCACUUCGUUCAGAUUGAGGAGCGUGAGCGAUUGGCUCGCGAACGUGAGCCUACUCCCCCUAAGCCAAGUCCUGCUCCAACCUCAAAUCCCGCCCCAGAAGUGGCCCACGAGAUACAGCAGCGGCAGAAGUAUGAUGAAUUACUAGAAAGGCACAGACAGAAGUAUAAGACGGAGCCUCAGGAACGAACGGGCCUCCGACACCGCAUCGAACGGAUGAUCAACGAGGCGAUCACGAAGGAGUACGUAAGGCCGAUGCUAGAAUCUUUCCAAGCUCAAGAGCAGUUCUACUACACGGUGGAUGUCCAGGAAGCCAAGCUAAACAUGGACUGUAUUGUGGGCUGGAUCGUGGAGUACAAAAACACCUUGGGGAAGCGAGUAGGGAUUCGAAAACGAAUCGAGCCACUGGGAGCUAUAGAUGACUUCUUCACCAGUAUUAUCGAGGUAUUCGACUCGGUCGACUUCCUGUAUGCCACCGGUCGUGAAGCAGAAACAUACCGCCAAGAUUAUCCUGAGUACGACCUAGAGACACGCGAGCAAUUGCGGGAAUACAUAUCCGUUAUUGGCCAAAGGGCUGGAGAUCUCGACAACCGGUCUCUCCGCAAUGCCGUUCAGUCUUUGCUGGAUUCCUUCACUGAAGCAGAGAUCAAUGAGCUGAUAGAAUUAUACAAGAACGAUGUUUGCAAGCGACUUGAGAUCCGCGAACAGAUCGGACUCCUUGUGAGUCCGGCCAACGAGGGCGACACGCUCGAAAAGCUCGACAGGGUGGACCGCGACUGGGCCGAUGGAGCAGAGGACGUCCCAAAAAUGUACCGUGAAGAUAUGGAUAACCGUCAAGCACUACGAGAUUACAUCACCAGUCUGCUCGAGAGAUAUUCAGACUUCGACCACCCUGAGCAGCGGCUGCGGCCUCGUCUCCUGCUUUGCAUGCAGGCGUUCGACAAAGUGGAUCUCGAAGCUUCGCCACUGUACCCGUUCUCCAAACGCCCAGUACGAGAACAGCAGCAACUCCGUGUUAUGCUCCAGAAUAUCGCCGCAAAUUGGUAUCUGCUCGCAGCAGUCGAGGCUUUCCGCCUCGCGCACUUCGUCCCUAUACAAGUGGUGCCGGAAGCUGCUCGUGUGCUGGAUCCGACUGAUUUGCGCAAUUGGCGCUGGGGUCUGCUGAAGGCGCUGGAGAGGCUUUCCGAAUCGUCCCUUAGUCAGUGUGAAGAAGCUAUCAAAUUGAUAAAUGAGGGUAUUGAGUAUAGGAGGACGGUGGAUCGAGAGGCUGGAGCAGAAAACGAGGACAAUUACUACCUGCAGUUGGCAGAUGUGGGGUAUGCGCAGAAUGCCCUGGACAGGAUGAAUGGAGGAGGAAAGGGGAAGGGAAAACAAAAGGAACGUUCUCCUAUACGAUCUCCAAGUAGGGGCGACCGUAGAGACGAUGAUGAUAAGGACGAUGGUCGUGGCGAUGACGGCAAAGGAGGCGGUAGGAUCGGUAAAGCUAGCGGUCCGCACAAGGGUCAGUCGAAGGCAACCUCCAAGAAGGAUCCAACCCCACCGCCGCCUCCAGAGCGAACUCCUCCCCGUUCAUCACCCCGCCAGACUAGAUCGAGCUCUCGAAGGAGCAAUCGCGGCCACGAUGACCCACAUCUCCCUCAACCAUCCACAGGGAAAACUCCUCCACGUUCGCCACCCCGCCGAAGCAAAUCAAGCUCUCAAAAGAGCGAUGGAAAGGGCGAUGACGGAAAGGAUGGAGGUGCGGUCGGUCAGAGCCCUGAAUUAGACCCCAACGAUCCGGACUACGAUCUUUACAAAGACCCAACGCCGCCUCCACUUCCAAGGAGAAGCCCUCGUCGCUCGCCACGCAGCAGGAGCAAGUCUAGCAGCGGUGGAUUAGAUCCGAAUGAUCCCGACUACGACCUUUACAAAGAUCCAACUCCGCCGCCGGCUCCUGAGAGAAGCCCUCGUCGCUCGCCUCCCGGACAGAGCACAUCGAGUCCUAAUGCUGGCCCGCCUUCUACCGAGAAGUCAGCAUCGCCAUCGAAGACCCCGUCGAGCACGUCUUCCUCCCGAAAACGCAAGCGCAAGGACUGGGCCGACCGCGCAUUCAAACCCAACCCGCCGCCCAGCAAGAAAUCGAAGCCUACUCCUCCUUCCACAUCUACCCGCAGCAAUUCCAGCAUCUCAACCCUAUCAUCAGCGCGCACGAUUCCUACCCCGUCCUCAUACCGUUCGCGACGUAAAGCUAGCACUUCAACCCUCUCAUCAGCGCGUACCAUAUCUACCCCGUCCUCCACCCGCAUCCGUUCUAGUACUAGCGGCACUACUAGGAGUGCGGACUCGUUCUGGUCGUGGAUAUCUCCCCCCAGCCGGAAUGAUCGGGCUUCAGAUGGGGAUUAUGUGCCUGAGGAAGAGAGCUUGUCCGAUGUGGAUGCGAGUCCGUCGGAGCUGACGCUUGUUAGGGGGGUGAGGAGGGUGCCUACUAGGGCGUGGCCUGGGGUGCCGAGUGAGAUUUUGGAAGAGGAGGAGGACGAGGAUGAGGACGAAGAGGAGGGGCAGGAUGAAGACGAUGAAGAGGGUGAAGAGGAGAUGCAAGAUGCGACAACGAGUGAAGACGAUGCAGAGAUGCAUCAAGGGGAGGGCGGAAAUCAAGAACCCGCGGAUACAGACGAAGAGCUACCAGAUGCCAGCGCUCUCGAUCCCGAUCCAGCCCAAGACCUAUCCGAAGCGAGCAACAGCGACGAAGAUCUCGCAGACGCCGCGGACGAUCUAUCCGAGACGCAGCUCUCCGAUCCUUCGGAUGAAGAGUACGACGAGGAAUACGUAGUGUACCCCGACGAGGCCGUCCGCGAUCCAGUCAGGCAGUGGCGAUCCGACUACGCCGACUCCGCGAGUUCAGAGCACAUGGUCGAUCAUGAUGAAGAGAUAGGGGACGCCGCGCUCGAGUCUGGAGAUGAGGGAGCGGAGGCUGACGAGGAGGGGUUGGAUAGGGAAGAGCUUGGAGAUGCUGAGGAACUCGACGGGGGCGAGGAGGAAGAAAGGCCUGGCUCUGAGGGUGUGGGCGGAGAGGAGACGCGCCGCAUGCAGGGGAGAGUUUCGUAUGAUGACUUUGGCUGUAUUUUCGAAGAAGAAGAGGACGAGGAGGACGAGAAAGAAGAAGAAGAAGGGGUAGAGGAGGAGCAAGAGGAGAAGGAGGCGGAGGUAGAGGAGGAAGAAGAGGAAUACGAGCCGCCUGAGCAUUUCGAGGCCCCUAGCCCCGGGUCCUCUGCCGCGGGGUCCGCUCCUUCGCGGGGGAGCGGGAGCACACGGCAUAUCAGGCUCGGGCCGGGAGAGUCUCUCAUCAUCACCGCUGACCGAGAGUAGGAGGCAUUUUGGAGGAAAUGUAAAUAAAUUAGCAGAGGUAGGUGUUUCUGUAGGUUUGUUUCGUGCUUUGGUGCUUUUGUUUUUAGUCGUAGUCUCGCGUUUUCAGGUGCA